AUGGACCUCAAGGAGCGGAUCCGCCGCUCGCCGUCGCAGCGGGAGGAGGAGGCGCUCGUGGCGGCGGCGGCGUCGCCGCGCGGGAGGAAGGGCGGGGCGGCGAUGCUGCUGCUGCGGUGGUCCGUCUCGGCCGGCGCGCUCCUCGUCUUCGGCGUCCUCCUGCUCCUGCUCGCCGGGGGCUCCGCGGCGCGGAGGGGCCAGUUCCUCGGCGCCGAUUCUUCCUGGGACGGUGGCCGCCACGAUCUGCGCCUCGUCCGUCCGCCCGAAGAAGGUGGCACUUCAGGAUCUCCGCAAGUUGUCAAGGACAAACUACUCGGUGGUUUGUUAGUUCCUGGUUUUGAUGAACAGGCUUGCCUAAGUAGAUACCAAUCAGCACUGUAUCGUCGAACAUCACCCCACUUUCCAUCUACCUACCUCUUGGAAAGAUUAAGGGAACAUGAGGCUCUCCAGAAGAAGUGUGGUCCACAUAGUGAAUUCUACAGGAAGGCUGUUGAGCAGCUUAAGUCUGGCCAGGAUAUUAAGGUUAUGGACUGCAACUAUUUGGUCUGGAUAGCUUACAGUGGUCUGGGGAACAGGAUCUUAACAAUUGCCUCAGCAUUUCUGUAUGCCAUCCUUACAAACAGAGUCUUGCUUGUUGAUGGAGAUAAAGGCACGGCGGAUCUGUUCUGUGAACCAUUUCCUGAAACUUCAUGGUUCCUACCGUCAGAUUUCCCUGCUAAGCAGUUCAAGAACUUCAGUGCUGGCUCUCCUGAGAGUUAUGGAAACAUGCUGAAAAGUAAAGUUCUUCAGUCUAGCCCUGCUUUUCUGUAUCUUCACUUGGCUCAUGACUACAACGACUUUGAUAAGCUUUUUUUCUGUGAAGAUAACCAGCAAUAUCUUCAAACAAUCCCAUGGUUGAUCCUAAAAUCAGAUAAUUACUUUGUACCUUCACUUUUCCUGAUACCAGCAUACCAAGAGGAACUCAUGAAGCUUUUUCCCCAGAGAGACACUGUUUUCCAUCACUUGGGACGUUACUUGUUUCACCCUAGCAAUGUCGUCUGGGGCAUGGUUACAAGAUACUAUGAUUCUUAUCUUGCAACAGCUGAUGAAAAGUUGGGUAUCCAAAUCAGAGUCUUCGAUACUGAAACUGGUCCAUUUCAGCAUGUCUUGGAUCAGGUCCUUGCGUGCACGCUGAAGGAACACUUGUUGCCAGAGGUUAAUACUCAAGCGCCAGUUGUCCCAUCACGGAAGGCCAUGUCGAAAGCUGUUCUAGUUACUUCUUUGAACUCAGGAUACUACGAAAAAUUCAGAAACAUGUAUUGGGAACAUCCUACCACAAAUGGCGAGACAAUUAGUUUCCACCAGCCUAGUCACGAGGAACAUCAGAACUCAGACAAGAAAAUGCAUAACAUGAAAGCGUGGGCAGAGAUAUAUCUUUUAAGCCUAUCUGAUGUUAUGGUUACUAGUGCAUGGUCAACUUUUGGGUAUGUUGCCCAGGGUCUCAGUGGUUUGAAGCCAUGGCUUCUGUUCAAGCCUGAAAACCGAACUGCCCCUGAUCCACCUUGCCGCCAAGAUUUGUCCAUGGAACCUUGUUUUCAUGCUCCACCUUUCUACGAUUGCAAAGCUAAGAGAGGAGUUGAUACAGGAAAACUUGUCCCACAUGUAAGGCAUUGCGAAGAUAUGAGCUGGGGUCUUAAGCUAGUUGAUCAGAGUUAGUGGUAUACAUGGUGCGUAUGUUCUAUCCAAAUCAUAUAUGUACAGUACAAGCUCAUAUAUGCUUUAGUUGUAUGGUAUAGGUGCAAGUGCAACUCUGUUUUUAUAUUACAGGAAAAGCCUUUUCAGACUUAGUUAAUAUAGAUGCAAUGACAUGAA